UAACAUCGCAGGGACGUUGAUCAGACGUCAUUUUUUUUAUCAUCACCGGAAUCUCAGUUUGUGAAUCCCCUAUAAAACGAUGAAGAAAACAACAAACUGGUCUUUGGCAAGAGCCAUGACGAGCGUUUUUUUUUUCUUUUCCGUGCCUCCAAAUUUCAAAUCUUCAACUGGUUUCCAGUCGUAGCAAGAAUGGCAUCGGGUGCGAACAGUUUGCCGAACGGCGUUUCGUUUGUGAUUGUUUUGGGUUUUCUCAUUUCACUAAAUUUGACGCCCAUCGAUACCAGUAGUGCUGCAAAUGCAGCUUGUGGAAAGAGAAAGAUAAACCUGCAACAGUUGGUCACCCACGGAUACACAACCAAUCCUGGAGAGUUCCCCUGGCACGCAGCAUUAUAUAUGAAAUCGGGUUUUCAAAAGUCCUACAUAUGUGGUGGAACGCUGGUAAAUGAGCUUAGCAUCGUCACAGCGACUCACUGUGUUGUGGAUUCUAGCUCGGGGCAUGUGGUCUCCCCGGAAAGCUUAUACGUUCAGCUGGGAGAGUUCAAAUUGAAUUUGUACGCAGACACGGUCCAAGAACACGCCGUCCUGCAGGUCAUCACCCAUGCCGAGUUCCAACCAACGACGAGCAAGUAUGACGUAGCGGUGCUAAAAUUGGCGACUCAGGCGAAGUACACCGCCUAUGUGCAGCCAAUUUGCGUGUUUCCUCAGCCAGUGGUAAAUUUUAAUGACGGAACAGAAAAAGGUACCGUGGUUGGAUGGGGUUACACGGAAUACGAUGCGGUAGCGGAUGCUCUUCAGGCUACCUCGGUGCCUUUGAUUAGUUACACCAAGUGUUUGGAAAGUAAUCCGGACUUGUUUGAUCGGACUAUUUACGAUGGCAUGUUCUGCGCUGGAUACACCAAUGGAACGAACGUAUGCAAUGGAGACAGCGGUGGAGGACUGUACCUAAACCGUAAUGGCAUUUGGUAUCUGGUAGGAAUUGUUUCUUUCACGGCUGCUCGCGAAGAACAAACGAAUUUAUGCAGCACCCAUGACUAUACGGGAUUCACCAAAGUUGCGGCCUUUGAGGAGUUCAUUGUAAACUCCUGCGGACUGGUUGUGCCACCUCGAGUAGGUGGAAGUGAUCAGUCCGGUGGAGUCGACCACCCGGGUGGAAUAGAUCAGGCAGGCGGAAAAAGGCAGAAGUACAUUUACGCGUCGGAUUUCGAGCCCCACGAAAAGAUGAACUGGUUCCAGGCAGGUGACUACUGCCGAUCGAUCGGAAAACACCUGGCAGAAAUUAAGUCAGCCCAGGACAAUGCGAAAGUGCAGGACAUCGUUAGGCUGGGCGGAAUGGAAAUAGACGAAUAUGGAGCAACGAAGAAUAAACAAUACUGGAUCGGCGCCAAUGAUCUAGCAAAGAAUCGCGUGUUCAAGUGGCAAUUCAGUGGAAAACGAGUAACGUUCACCCAUUGGAGAAACAACGAACCCAAUAAUAUGCACAAUAAUGAACAUUGUGUGGCUGUUUUAGGUAACAAACAAGCAUUUUGGCUGGAUGCUAAUUGCAGAGGGAAACGGCAGGUACUUUGUGAAUAUUGGAAAUAAAGCACUUCUUGAUACGAUAUAAGA